CUGUUUAGUGUUUACAAUCAGAGGAAGUGACGUGCCAAUGUUUUGAAUCGUGCGUGCUAACAAACAGCACGUAUAGAAAGCCUGUAAGCACUGCACUGACCAGCCUCCCCUUAAUACAUUUGGGGAAGACUUUGAGCUUCAUGUCCCUAUAAUCACAUAGGAGAACGCAAUGGACCUCCACAAAAUCAUCCACAGUGCGCUGCAUGAAUUUAUUCAGGCUUACAUUCCUGAUGCAGAUCUCAGCACACUGGAUGAUGUUCUUCUGUCUUACAUCACUGGAGUCCUGGAGGAUCUUGGCUCCCAGCAGAGUGUUGAGGAGAACUUUGACGUGGAGGUCUUUGCAGAGAUGCUAGAAGCUUACAUACCUGGCUUUGCUGCAAUUGACAGUGUCAAAGUCUGUGAAAUGAUGUUCAGCCUGGCUUCAAAACUAGCCACUGCUCGGACCUCAGCUGAUGAAGAAAACAGUGUGCCUAAGGCAAGGACAGAAGAAAUUUCAUUGAAACUAACCACCCUGCGCAGUGAACCCCCACCAGGAAGAGAAACACAGUGCCUUAAAACACAGACAGAGGGCGCCACUGCCAAGCUACCAGUGUCUGAGUGGGAGGCCCAGGAGCAGCACCUGCUGGAGAUGUUUCCCAAGUGUAGUCUGUCCGAGGCUCGCAGCGCCCUGUCUAUUGCCAAAGGAGACAUGGAGGAAGCUGUGCGCCUUAUCAUAGAGGGCGACGUCCAACUCAGCACCACUCCUCUUAAUGUAAACCAUGGGAAGAGUAUUUCCUCACUGGCAGACCAGAAACUUAAAGAGAGCAUCCUUGAGAAAUACAUGCUGGUGGACAGUGAGGAUGAUAACAAAACACACCGUCCUGUCGCCCCAAAAGAUGCUCCAAAGAAGCUAGUUAGGUACCACAGUAACCAGGUGGUAACCACAAAAGGAGAGCGAUAUCAACUUGUGAAGAAAAAUGAGACAGAGGACAUGAAGAAGACAUAUGUCAACCUCAAGCCUGCGCGAAAGUACAGAUUCCAUUGAUGACAGGCACAACAGUGUAAGAGCAGCUACUGACAAUAUUGUUUACAUUAUUUUCUAUUUAUUAAGUUCAUUUAGCCUGAAUUUGUUAGAUUUUUCCCAAGUAAAUGAAUAUGUUUGUUAAUGUGUCAGUGGCUUAUUUUUUAAAAACGUUACCGUUAUAUACCUUGGUUAAAACAUUAAAUUACAUUGUUUCAGUUGCAUCACUUCCUUGAGGAGCUUUUGACAUUUAGUGUGACAUUUUGGUGGGGAUGUUGUAACUUGUGUUCUUGUUUGUGUAACAGCCUAACGUAUCUACUUUUUGCCAUCUCAGCAGGUCUGAUGUUGCACUGACAUUAUUGGGUUUUUUUCUUAUUUUCUUAUUUUUGUAUCUGUAUUUUCUUUAACUCAGUACAGUAUAGAUUCAUAAUUAUGAAGUUGUAGAGAUUAAUUAAUUGUCAUUUCUGUAAAUAAGUUCUAGUGGUGCUGUAGAAUUUCUUCUGGACAUUACAAGUUUCAACUGCUUUUUUAUGUGCAUAUUAAGUCAUUGACGCCAAUUUUUUUAAAGUUCUAUUUUUACAUCAUACAAGAGUGAAACAGUGCUGUGAAAGUGGUUGGUCAAGCCUUGUGUUUUGGACAAUUUGUUGUGCUACAAAAUGGUUUUAAAUGAAACUGACGUAUAGAUUUUUUUAAUGCACAUUUGCACAGCGGGUAACCAUAGCAGUAUGUGGCCAUAUGGAGUCUUCCUCUUUUGGAUGCCUAUGAUGUGCUACAGAUCUCCAGUAUGACGCUUAUGACACACCGCAGAUUAUACUGUGUACAGUAUGACGACUAAAGAAUCUGGCCUGCAUGGUUAACUGAGUUAUCUGGAUAACUUUGCUGAACAGAUCAGUUUUUUCUCAGUCCAUGUUCCAGAUUUGAGCAAAAUUAUCCAGAUAACUUUGGAUAAUGAAGGAGGUUCUAUGUUUUCGAGGCAGUUGAGAACCACCUUGAAUUGUCCUCAUAACAGUAAAUAGUCUGCUAGAAGUUAAAUCCACAAGAAGAAGGCCAUAGUCCUUAUCAGCUUUUAUCACCUUCUAUCACUACCCUUAUGGCAAAUAAAGGAAGAGUAUGUGAUAAUAUGCAAAGUUUUACACUAUAUAACAUGAUUUUUGUUGUGUAUAAUUUCUCAAAUGAAAAACAGAAAAACACAGAAUUUUAAUUGAAAAUUGAAACAUGAUGACCUUGGCUCAAAGCCAUUUGCUAACCUGUCGCUGCGACCAGAGACCCCGAGCAGCAAACGAGAAAAUGUCAAAUAUUUGUCAGUGACACAACUAUGCCCUGAUAAAACAAGUGGUGCACUUCUUUUCACAGACCUUAAAUAUCAUUUUAUUAUUCAACUGUAAUGGAAAACACUGUAUAACUCUCAAUAAAUUCAUUGGUAAUUAAUUUUCUAGCACAACAAAUUAAAUUCUCAAGGUGUGCACACAGCACUAGAAUGUUUGGCAUAAUGAAGUGGAGGACUGUGGUUGCCCCUAAAUGUUAGCAAAACAUGCCGCUGGAGGACUUGAUUUUAAAGUUCAUUCCAACAGCAUUAUCUUUAUUUUUUGAUAUAGAUGUUUAGAUUUGACAAAGUCUCUGAUCAUGUGUUUAUUGUGAAGAGGCCUGUUGUGUGCUUUCAGGGUCUGUUUACAUGAUGUUACCGAAGUGGUCCUCUAUCACGACUGCUUUUAUCUCCUCUUGUGUUCUGUGAAUUUUGCUUCGCUUGUGAAUGUUGGUUGUGGAAUAUUUGAUUGUGUGGAUUCUUAUUUGAUGCUUGUUAGUAGUAUAUUAGGAUAAAUGGGUUGGUCAGGAUUUUUUACUAGUAUAUACUUUUUAUUAUACUGUUGAUUAUUUGUGUUCGUCUGCAUCCAUUUGGAGCAGCUAUAAGCAAUUGUUUUUGAUUGGUAGUAUAAUACAGUGUUCCUGAGUGUAGGUGUAACACAAUCAAGUGUUGAAAAGAUGUGUUGUCACUGAUACUUGUCAUUAUCAGCAGCAACAUUGUCUUUAAUGACUGUAUGAUAUUGUAGAGCAUGGACUGGACUUACAUAAGCUGUUUAGUCACAACUGCGUUUUAACCCUGCGCUUUGAGAAACCGCUGACGCACAAUUUAUAGUAAAUAAAUACUAAUUUUUGUAGAUCA